AUGGACGAAAAUCAUAUGGAUCAAUUCUCUAUCUUUGAACCCCCACCCAUGGACACCACCAUACAGACAAGAGAGUGGGUAGAGUUCAGACCCAUCAAUCAAAUAUCUGAGUAUUCCGCAGUGGAAUUUAACAUACCCCCGUUAUCUACAGGUUACAUGGAUCUUAAGAAUAGUCGCUUGAAAAUUAAGAUUAGGAUAUUAAACGAAUCAAACUCUCCGGUUAGUGAGGAAGAUCCGGUGGCACUGUCUAAUUUACCCCUGCACACAAUUUUCGCUCAGGUGGAUACCAGUCUCCAACAGACUCUCGUCUCACAAUUGGGAACCAACUAUCCAUACAAAGCUUACAUCGAUACUUUAUUGUCAACUUCCGCGGAGAACUACGAAGUACGAUUUUCUCAACUCUUUUUCAAAGACACUUCAGAUCCCGACGAUGCAGAUCCAAUCAAAGGAGUGAACAUUGGUUUAUUUCAAAGGUAUCAAUACACCAAGAGCGGGAAAUUGGUCGACUUGGAGGGUCCGUUGCACGUAGACGUUUUCGAGCAACAACGUUUGAUUUUAAAUGGAGUGGCACUGUCCCUUAAGCUUUGGCACAGUAAGGAUCCGUUAAGAUUAAUGUGUGCAUCAGGUGGAGAUUACAAAAUACAGAUCGUGGAUGUCAGCUUUAAACUCUGUAUUCAAAGACCUAAUCCUGCUCUCACCAUGGCCCACUUGAAAAUGUUAGAAAAAUCACCUGCAAUAUAUCCUUACAUCUCCUCUAAUUUAAAAAUUGCUUCAGUUGCCAAAGGAGAAUUCGCUUUUACCAUGGACGACGUGUUUCAGGGUGAAGUCCCUUCCACGCUUGUGGUAGGGUUAGUUUCAAGCAGCGCAUUCAGCGGAGAUUAUAAGAAAUCACCCUAUAACUUUCAACAUUUUGACUGUAAUUUCGUCGGAUUUUAUGUGGACGGACAAUCCUUUCCCUCUAAACCCCUACAGCCUAAUUACGAUACCCAAACAUACCUAGAAGCUUACCAGACCCUAGUGGAAGGAAGAGAAACAAUCCAUGUAGAGAGAGAGGAUUAUAUCUCUGGAAAUGCCUUGUAUGUGUUGAAUAUAAAUCCCUACAUCGAUUUCAAUACCAAAAGGAAAGGUCAUUGUCGCCUGGAACUAAAAUUUGCCGUUCCAUUACCGGAGAGUGUAACCGUGAUCUUAUAUGCGAAAUUUCCGCAGGUUCUUCUCAUCGAUCAGUCGAGAAGCAUCAUAUUCAAAUGUGAACAACUACGAGUUGUCGGGGUAUCUAGCAAAAUACGGAGUUCGGGUCGUGUGUGCAGACAAACUUCCCAGCGAUUUACACCAAACCAAACAAACAUUUUGGGUCGUGAAUACUGA